AGAAAAUUGAUAAAAAGGUUUUAUUUCUUGUUUUUAAAAGUCAUAUAUAGUAUAUUAUAAGUGUUUCAACGUUUGUUUAAAAAAAGUUUUAUGAUAUUGUUUCCUUGGUGUACAAAAUAUAAUGUGUUUUGUCGAUGAGAAUGGUUGAGCUUUCAAUUGAUGGAGAUGAUCGCUGGACAAUCCCGGAUGAUCGACAGCUUGCUUUAAGAGGAAGGUUGGAUACAGGAUGGUCUAGUUAUAAAGGUUAUUCUCGUAAGGGAGAAGUCUUAACAGAAGAAGAAUUUCUUAUUUUAUCAGAUGUUAUGAGCCGAAGAGAUGCCAAACAAAAGCAAGAAGAACUUCGGAUUGGAACAUUAGUGAAAAAACUUGAAAACAUGCGUACAAAUGUGCUAGGAGAUGGAAUUCAAACAUGUCUAAUAUGUGGUACAAAAGCAGGACUAUUAAAAGAUUCACUAAACUACUGUCUGCACUGUGGCCACUUGGUUUGCCAAAAAUGUGGCGUGGAUUCAAAGAUAACUACAGAAACAUCAAAAAAAUUAUUUUAUUGUGUUAUAUGCAAUGAAGAGAGGCAGUUGUGGAAAUCAUCUGGUGCGUGGUUUUAUAAUUCUAUACCAAAGUAUGUUAUUUCUGACGUUGGGUCUGAGCUGAACUCUAAUAUGAGGGUUUUAGGUAGAAAUAACUCUUUCAACACUCCUCGACCUGUGUGGAUUGAAAAUCGCUCAAUGAGCCAUGAAAGUGAUGCGACUGAUGAUGAUCUAGAAACAACUUCUUUUAAUGCUUUUGAGAUUUCUGAUGAGCGUUCACAAAGCUGGCAUGGACAAAUUGAAGUUAACUCUCCCCAGUUGAAGUUUUCAAAUGUAAAAAGAUCUUGUAGUGAUCUUCCUAAUAUAGCUCCAAAAUCACCUACUUUAUCAUAUUCCUCCAAUCAAGUUGAUGGUGUUUUCUCAGAUCGAAUGCAAACCAAUGGACUCACAAGCAGGGGACAUCUAAACAAUAAUUCAAAUUCUGAUCUUGCGUAUGAAAGGCAAAGAUCUUAUGGAAGCACUUUAUCUCUUGAAAUGAAACCAGAUAAAAAAAAUUUGCUUGGCAUUAAACGCUUAGUGCGUAACCAAAGUAGAGACAGUGAUUUGGAUAAGGUUUCGAAAGGUUCAAAGCAAAACGACUUUGGCUCAUCAGAUAACAUGAGUAAUUGUAGUGAACAAGAUAUUGACUCAUUAUUUAAAGAAGAAGCUCAAAAUCAAGCAGUAAAAGAAAAAAAAGAAUAUUAUGGUAAAAUUGGAAUGAUUGAGUUUACACUUAAAUAUGAUGCAAGUACAGAAGAGCUUCAUGUUAUCAUACAAAACUGCAAGGGUUUGUGUGGUGAUGUUGAGAAAGGGAAGUUACCUUUUCCAUAUGUAAAGACAUAUUUAUUACCAGAAGCUAAUAAGGCAACGAAAAAAAGAACUUCUACUUUAAAGAAAACAGCUGAUCCAGUUUUUAAUGAAACUCUUGUUUAUCAUGGGAUAUCAGAAACAGAUAUUCGAAGCAAAGGUUUAAAGCUAUCUGUAAUGGAUGAAAAGUCUCGACAUAGCACAGUUAUUGGUGAAACAUCCAUUCCUUUAAAGAAUUUAAGUAUGCAACCUGUACAACAGUUUCGAAGAAUAUUGGAUGUUAGAAACAAUAGUAAUCCAUUAUACUUGGAAUCACACAUCAGUUCAAAUAAUCCUGGUCGCAUUGAAUUAGCUUUGCAUUAUUUGUCAAAACAAGAAAAAUUAGUUGUUGGAAUCAUUCGGUGCGCUGGACUCAAAGCUCAUGACUCAAAUGGUUAUUCUGACCCUUUUGUAAAAUGUUAUCUUCUUCCUGACCCUCAAAAGCAUACUAAACAAAAAACAGCAAUAAAAAAGAAGACACUGAAUCCUGAGUUCAACGAGGAGUUUACUUACAAAAUUGCUCAUCAUGAGUUAGCAAAAAGAACACUACAUAUAACGGUGUGGGAUCAUGACGUCGGUAGAACAAACGACUUCAUAGGGGGAAUCACUCUUGGAAUACAAUCAACACCAGAAGCAUUAAAACAUUGGUUUGAAACUUUGAAAACGGCUGAUAAAAAAGUUAUUAAAUGGCAUACUUUAAGUGAAGACUGCCCAGCAAUAGACUAAAUUGUAUAUACAAAGAUAAAUUACCUGUAUUUUUUAUGAUAUCAGUCGUAUGAUACUCAUUUUGAAUAAUAUUCAUCAUUUUUUUAUUAAACCGUUUGGAUGAUAAUUGGAGGACAAAAAUUCGUAGAAGUAUUUCUCAAUGGUUUUGGUUUACGCAUUUUAAAUCAUUUACAGAAUCAUUUUGUAUUCGUUUUUAGUAAAGUAAUAAACAGCCUGGUUGGUCCGAUUAUUGUUGGUCCGAUUGUCGUUGGUCCGAUUGUCGUUGUCCGAUUUAAUCCGAUUCUGUAGAACUAAUUAUAGUGACUUUUAGCUUUGUUUUUAUAGUUAAGGUGAAUUAAUCGAAGAAGUUUACUUUUAAAACAUCACUGUGUAUAGAUAUCAUUGACAUCAGGGUAUAUAAACACCAUAGACACGAGGGUCAACAAAAAAGUCUCAAAAUGAUGUAGCUUACGUCAAGGUAUCAAAUUAUGCUGUGUAAAAAUUACGCCUUUUCAAUGAAAAUUUAUUUUUUGAUUUAUAUUUUAUAAAUGUUAUUAUUUUUAAUAAAUAUAUUUUUGAAAUUA